UGAUGUCAUUAAAAUUCGAGCAUAAGCUGGAAGCCAGUAUAUAAUUUCAAGAGUUAGCAUUAUUAUAUUAUACUUAAAAUUUGUGUAAAAUAAUAAUAAAGGAAAAUAGUGACAAUGGUGCACACAUUAGAAAAAGUAUGUUGCCUGAGCCUUCGAACCUUCGGUUUAGUUAUCGGCUGGUUAGGUGCGAUUGGAUCCAUUUCUGGUGUUAUUUUGACGGCCUGUGCUUUACGAUACUCCAAUGAAAUCGCAGAUUAUCUGCUCAGGGAGGCACACACUUCUAUUACUGCGAAUACACAUGCUGAUGCCCGUUCAGAGGUUGUCUUGCUUGGAACCAUUUACUUAGGUUCUUCUCUAAUUAAUGGUGUCGUAUCAUCUUUGCUCGUCUUCGGCAUACUAAAGAAUCGCUAUGUGACGAUUUUGCCCUGGCUGGUUAUUAAUUUCAUAGGCUUGGCGCUGAACAUUUUAUAUAUAUUAUUUUUAUUCGUGGUAUAUGCCAUAUAUCAAGGUCCAAUUGACAUUGUUAUAAAGUUCUUCGCCGCAUUAUUGUAUUUCGCUCUUUACUAUUACGUAUUCUGCGGGAUAUGCUCUCUGUACAAACAAAUGUAUAAGAGUAACCGACACCAACCCCUGGUGUAGGAUCAGUGCAACAAAAAGCUAAAUUCGUAGAAGAAUCGUCUUUAGAACCAAGAUAAGCUAACCGUCAGUGUUCAUCGCUUACAUAUUAUAAUCGAAUUAUAUCGAAUAUUAACAUUUCCAUUAUUAAAGUUAUUUACUCUUUGCAUUAAAGAUCGUUAAUCAUUGACAUUAUUGCAUCGCUUUUUAAUUAUAUAGAAUAUUAACAUCUCUACAUAUUAAGUUAUUAACACUUUAGAUAUUAUUUGUAGAUAGAAUGUAUCGGGGAUCGUAUUUGAUUGAGACUUUCCGAUAUUUUUUAAUUUUUUCUCUGAUUGAAUUGUUAGUAAACAUUCAACGCAUUAGUUAUCCAAAGGGUGGCAACAUCGCAACGCUGACAAACGUGCGGAGCAGGAGUGGGGAAUGGGAGAGGGUGAAUCAAAAUGGGAGAGGCCGUGGCCUUGAAUUCGGCCUUUGACUCAUUAAACCGUUGAACGAAUGCGAGUUGAGAUGACCACAACCGCUAUUUAAGAAGGGUGAUGAAUUCCGAGGCAAGAGUGGUUCAUUACGGAUUAUUAAAGCUUCUAGUAAUGAAUUCAAAGGUAAAUUUUAUUAUUUUUACGUUUGUUAUCGUUUGAAGCAGAUCAA